GGACGGCGACGAUGGUGCCAUCGGUGGAGGAGAAGGAUGGGAGAGUGUACGACAUCUAUUCUCGGCUGCUGAAGGAGCGGAUUGUGAUGGUGACGGGGCCAAUCGAGGAUACCAUGGCUUCGACAGUUGUGGCAUCGCUGCUGUUUCUCGAGGCCGAGUCGACGACCGCGCCCAUCUCGCUGUACAUCAACUCGCCCGGCGGAGUCAUCUCCUCCGGCUUGUCCAUCCUCGAUACCAUGGCCUACAUCCAAGCUCCGGUCCACACUGUGUGCAUGGGCCAAGCUGCGUCAAUGGCAUCGCUUCUGCUGGCAGGUGGAGAGUCUGGAUCGCGGGCGGUCCUUCCCAACGCGCGGGUCAUGAUCCACCAGCCGCACGUGGCCGGCAUCGGCGGGCAAGCGACCGACAUUGCCAUCCAGGCCCGCAACAUUGUUGACAUCCGCGCGCAGCUUGUCGACCUCUAUGCAGAGUUUACUGGCCAGACGCCCGAGGUCCUUGCCUCGGAAAUGGAGCGCGAUCGCUACUUUACAGCUGUCGAGGCUGCAGCCUUUGGUCUGGCCGACACGGUCAUUGCCCGCCGGAGCCCUGGGCCGCCAAAGUCGUCUGCUGGGAGCAGCGAGGACGCCGUCGCGGUGGCUGCGGCAGCGUCGCGCCUGUGGCGUGCUCGGGUCCGCCGCCCGCUGCGGACAAUCGGCACCGGCGUCGACUGCGGCUCGCUGCGAGAGUAG